CUAAUCAUAGUUUAGAUUGGGGGCUGUAACUAUUAUGAUGAAUAUUAAGGUCACAUUUGUCGAAUUUCGCUUACAACAUAUUAGAAAAUGCAUCCAUAUUUGAUUACAUUUCCACUAUAUUUGUAGUAUACAUGUGGAACAAAACGCCAUUAGCAUCUCGCUAUGAAAAACAGAGGCAUAUCGGAGGUAAAAGUCCGUACUCAAUGAAUGGCAUCAAACAAGUCAAAGUGAGACAGAGAGGGUAGGCCUUGUCUUGAGAGAUUUUUGCUCCUCUAGCACAGGGAGCGUGAUGUCAGCGGUGGCAGUGCUGUUGUAAUUGACUUGGUGGGGGUGAUGGCGUCAUUGUAUGCCCUGGUGUAGCCUCCUGCUCCAAUACCGAAGGGGAGACGGAUCUUUAGCCGACGCGAUCGUGGCUCCCUUGGCCGGGAUCGAGCACCGCCGAGCCGGACACUUCACGCCGGGAAACAUGGAGGCUGUGGCCGAGGAGCUGCGGGCCGGCUCUCGGGUACCUGUCACUAUCGAUCAAAUAGUUAACGAUACACUGGUGGUGACGCUUACCUAUCGAGAAAGGAGCUAUACUGGGAUAUUACUUGAUUGCGACAAAAAGACUGGGCUAUUCUGUUUACCAGAUUUCAAAGCAGAAAUUGGGGAAUGCCCGAUAUCUACACCGGCUUGUGAAGUCCCAGAAGUUCUGAGUGAGGAGCUGGUUUCCAAAUCUCCCAGCCAGGCUUCACACAGACCAAAGGAUGAAAACACUCUACCAGAAAGCAGCAUACCUACUGCACCUCUUCCCUGCCCUGUACCCACACCAGUGCUCGCUGGACAGACUCCUUACCCUCCUUAUUUUGAAGGAGCCCCCUUCCCUCAGCCCUUAUGGGUGCGCCACAGUUACAGCCAAUGGGUACCUCAGCCCCCUCCGCGACCAAUCAAGAGAAAGAAAAGGCGGACGAGAGAGCCUGGCCGCAUGACCAUGAGUACUAUCCGUCUGCGGCCACGGCAGGUACUGUGUGAAAAGUGCAAGAACACACUGAAUAGUGAUGAGGACAGCAAAGAUGGCAUGAGCAACACUAAGACUUCUAGAAAAGAGAAUGCACUACAGAGCGACGAUGAUGCCGAUGACAAGGAUACUCCCUCUAAGCUGUUGCGAAAAGAGGAUGUAGUUACAACCAAGGACACUAAGAGACGUGAAAAUGGCCCUAGCCUUGACAGCAAGCGCCUCAGGAAGGACAAACGGGGGGAAUCCGAAGGGGAGAAGUUCCCUGGAGGCGACGUUAUCCCCCACAGUCCUGUCAUAAAGAUCUCCUACAGCACUCCACAGGGCAAGGGGGAGGUCAUGAAGAUCCCUGCGAGAGUCCACGGUUCAGUCAAGCCAUUUUGCCCCAAACAACUGGUGCAGAAUGGUGUGGAAGAAAAUGACAAGAUACCUUCUGAUCCCACCAAGGAGCAACGGCACAUUUUAGAUGCCACAAGGUCUGGCCUCACCGUGUCCAUUCCCAAACUCAAACUGACCAGGCCUUUUACAACCGUGGGUCAGGACUUGCCUUCUCCAAAGAUCCACUUGAGACCCCCUCAGAUGGAGGGUGAUGAGAGUGUGGUGGAGUAUGAGGCAGAACUUGUAGGAGGCACCAGGAGACGAAGCCCCAGGGUGCCCGGUCCAUGCCUCCCCCACUCUGAAGACUCGGGGGAAGGUAAAAACUCUCUGGAGUUGUGGUCGGGGAGUUCGGGAGAGGAGGCAGACCGUGGCCACAGUGAUCUCACCCUUCUCAUUAAUUUCCGUAAGCGUAAAGCGGAUUCUUCUAGCCUGUCAGUCUGCAGCAGUGACAGUCUAGAUGAGUCCAAGUCCUUCAGCUCUGAUGGCACCUCACCAGAGCUGUGCGAUCUGGCCCCAGGUGAAGACCUGUCCGUCACCUCAUCUUCUGUACCCUCACGGGAAGACUGCAAGACAGUGCCGCCGCUUACAGUGCGGCUUCACACCCGCAGCAUGACAAAAUGUGUAACGGAAGAGGGUCACGCCGUGGCGGUGGGUGACAUUGUGUGGGGAAAGAUUCACGGCUUCCCCUGGUGGCCAGCACGCGUCCUCAGCAUCAGCGGCACCCGUAAACAGGAGACGGCCAGUUGCGAGGCCCAGUGGCCCCAGGCAAAGGUGGCGUGGUUCGGUUCACCCACCACAUCCCAGCUCUCCGUUGCCAAACUGUCGCCCUUCAGGGAGCUCUUCAGGUCCCGCUUCAACCGCAAGAAGAAAGGGAUGUACCGGAGAGCCAUCCAGGAAGCAGCCAAGGCCGUGGGCCACAUGAGCCCAGAGAUCACAUCGCUGCUCUCCCACUGUGACACAGGCUGAGGACUGAAGAGAGGUCUCCGAGGUUUUUCCUGAAUACUCAGACUGUGUCAUCAAGACCCAGGAGGGAGUACGUGCGGUUGCCACGGCUACUAUUUAUAUGCCGGGUUUUUUUUCCUCACAAGGCUGGUUGAAAAAUGGCCGCCAAGGUGGAUUGUUCUUGAGACUUGGAUAAGGGAGCAAACAAAAAAAAAAGACCAGGCAUCUCAUGGUCUACUAUGAACUCAACUAUUCCUCCUUUUUUUUCUUUCUUUUUCUUUUGUAGAUUUAAUCAUAUUUCAAAUGGAGCCGAAUAACGACACUACAAGGACCCAAAUGUAUUUAUUAUCUGUAAUGGUUUAUUAUGAUCCACCCUUCUACUACAAUCUCGCCAAACCUCCCAGUCUGCUGCUGUCAUUAUCGUGGCCCUCGCCGCUGAUGUGUUCACUGCGAGGUUCAACUCGCCCGGCCGAAGGAAGCCGGUGGUAUCUUCAAAGGAUUAAACCCCCCCCACUUGGACGUGAGCUGUUUGACCACCGUUUAAAAAGUCUUACCACGAAUCCUCUUACUUUUGAAAAUGUGAACAGCUCCAUCCAGACACAGUAGUGACUGUUCCAGCUCUUCUAGCGAUCAGUGUUCCAUCCUCGUAGCCUUCUGCGACUUUAGUUGGAUUUGUGGAUGUGAACUUUAUUCCUCUCCAGAAUCAAGAUGUGUCUCUCUUCCAUUUCAGCCCCCACCACCCCUUCAACUCUUUAUUUUUCCCUGAGAUACAUUUUUACAUCACUUUAAUUAUUUAAAGCGUCACGUUUAAGAAAAAAAAGCACUUUAUCUGUACCUUGGUGGCCUGCUGUAAGCUCACUGUCUGAGACACUAUUGCGAGAUACAGCCCUGAUAGGCAGCAGGGGAGUUCAGAAGUCGUUGUGGUUGACUAUCCAUGGCCUUGGAGAUACAAAAAAAAUACAAAAAACUUUUUUUAUUUUAUUUUAUUGUACAAUUUUGGAGACGCCAGACACGGAUGGUUGUGUACACUGUAUUCUCGAAUUUGACUUGGGUGCGACUCUCUCUUAGCUUGUCUGCCACACACAGUAGAAAAGAAAUCCAAACAUUUCCACUGGAGAAACAUGGGUGAACAAAUGUGUCAUAGCCCCCUAUGCAUUAUCAGUUAAAGCUUUAUGAGUGACUUUGGGAGAAGAAGAAAAAAAACAACAUGCUGUAAGAAUACUGUGAAUUCAACUGCUGAGUGUGUUGAAGAAAAGCUUGCUACUAGUCAGAGCCUGCAGUUAUUGAGUCAUUGGCAAAAAGCUGACUGCAACGCUGACCUUUAGUGACCUUUUGUGUUGAAAGCAGCACUGUUGGAAUAGGGGGAGGGGGGCAGCGAAGGCAAGAGACCACGGCUGUCAAACGCAGCCCGGUCUGUAUUAAAAACGUACUGAAGAUUGCACACAACCAGCCCGUCUCCUCCUGCCUGUCUGGGAACACUUUGUUCAGAUCGAGGCUAAAACUAGCUCAUCCAUUGUCAAUAAGAGAAGUGUGUUUAUUAGAGGAGCAUGUAAUGCACUCCUCCCAGUUGGAUAAUCUGAGGUUUGACUGUUUGCUGUCAAGUCCCGGCUAGUUUCCAGGCAGCCUUACACACCGAGGAUCGGGAGAGUCUCAACGUAUGUAUGCCUGAGAGGGGAACCGGCCGUCAGGAUUCUCCAGUGUAUGAGCAACAUGGCUGUCUACUGUUGCCCACGUUGGUCAAUGUUAUUGGCUACGUUUUUUGUUUUCUUUUUUACAUGUACUGUACAUAAAAUAAAAUAUAAAGCAAUACCUGU